AUGCUCACGAUCGCGCAGAAACUCGACUACAUCCCCGCGUUGGCGUCUGUUGCGGUGACCUUUGUGUGGGCGCUGUUGACGGUCGCCAUCCGCGCGCCUGAGUAUCCUUCACACUGGCUGCUGCACGUUGGCUACGCGGUCUUCCGCAAACUGACGGCGCGUCUGUCGGCGGCCCAGAUGCAAUAUGUUCUCCCCGCCAGCAACUUGGUGUACAACCGCUACAUUCGCUCUGUGCGACAGAAGCCCCUGACCGUCCAGCUGGAACAUGGCGCCAUGGGCCACUGGAUUGGUGAUCCCAAGGCUAAGAACAUCCUGGUCUGGUAUCACGGUACGUCUCGAUUACUUGCUCAUAAUCCUCCGGGUGUCCUAACAGAGGCAGGCGGCGGUUUUGCUCUCCCCGCAAACAUCGGCUAUUUCAAGUUCUUCGCCAGCAUUGUCGCCGACUGUGAACGCAACGGCCAAUCGCUCGCUGUGUUCGCCUUGACGUACACUCUCGCCCCGGUGGCUACCUAUCCCACCCAGCUACGACAAGCCGUGGAGGCUCUUCGGUACAUCCUCGUCGAGAAGCGCCACUCUGCGGACCAUGUCAUGCUCGGUGGCGACUCAGCGGGUGGGAAUCUGGUCGGCGGAGUCCUGUCGCAUCUUUCGCAUACCCACCCCGCCAUUGACCCUCUCCCUCUCGACGGCGCCGCCCUCGCUGGAGCCGUCAUGAUUGCACCGUGGACUCAAUUGCAGCCCGAGCUCGGCGACCGCAUCAUUGACUCUCGCGGCGAUUUGAUCACUCCCGCCGUCGGACCGCUUUGGGGAAGCGGGUAUGUCGGCGAAGCUCCGAAGGAUUUCUAUACGGACCUAUCGGAUGCGCCAGUGGAAUGGUUUGCCAAGUUCCCCGUUCGUAAGAUUCUGGUUUGUGGCGGUGAGCGCGAGAUCCUUCUACCGGUCAUUGAGGACUUUGUGGAGAAGUUGCGCAAGGGAUUUAAGGGGGAUGUGGAGUUUUGUGUUGGCAAGGGUGAAGGUCAUGUAGCGCCGGUUUAUAAUCUAUAUAUAGGGGAUAAGAGAGAGACGCAGCAGGGGGCGAGGGCCAAGUCGUUUAUUAGGGGGCUGUUGGAGAAGAUGUAG